AUGGAGACAGAAGAAUAUGUAGAAAGGCUGGAUGAAGAAUUCUACAAGCUCCCGAGUCAAACUGAUUUGGAUGGGGCCGCCAGUGGAAUUAUAACCUUACAGGAAACAUACCUGCUUUACCCAGAGAACAUCACCAGUGGAGCUAUCACAGGAAAACCAACAUUUUUGGGCCCAGAAGCAGCUUAUCAUUUGGCAAUGGUUGCUAAAGAACAAAAGAAGUUCCAGCAUGCCUUUCUGUGGGCAUGGGAGGGCUUGAAGCAGCUUGAACAGGGUACACUGUCAACAGUGACCAAGGUGGAAUUUCUUGCUGUUCUUAGUACUUCAGCUUUUGAGUUUGGCAAUCUGCCUUUGGCAAUCAUUUCCACCCAGCAACUUGUCAACCAGGAUCCCACAAAUGAACCAGCACGCAAUGUAUUGUCAACAUUCAAACUGUUGUAUCGGGUUCUAACACCCACACCCAACCGUGACAUAUUCACGCUUCAGCCAUCAAACAGCUCCUAUGAAGCCCUGUGCAGGGGCGAAGGCAUUAAAAUGACCCCCAGAAGACAGAGGGCGCUGUUCUGCAGAUACAGCACUGGUGGAGGAAACCCUAGACUGAUGUAUGCCCCAGUGAAGGAGGAGGAUGAGUGGGACAAUCCACCAAUCAAAAGAUAUCAUGACAUCAUAUCUGAGAAGGAGAUGGCGACUCUGAAGACACUUUCUCGGCCAAAGCUCUCACGCACUUCAGUUUAUCACAGUGAAGAAGGAUCCGGCAUUUCAAGCAACCGUGUCUCUCAAGGUUCACUUGCCUGUGUGUCUUACAGUGUGUUUUUAAAAGAUGUGGAGGAUCCUGUACUUGCUCGCAUCAGUCAGAGGAUAGCGGACAUCACUGGUUUAGACAUGGAAUCUGCUGACAGGUUACAGGUUGCAAACUACGGAGUUGGGGGACAUUUUAAACCCCACACUGACUCACUGGUGAGACCAAGACUUUCAAUCACACAGGAUAGGAUUGCCACUGUCUUAAUUUAUCUCAGCGAUGUGCAAUCUGGAGGGGCCACAGUGUUUCCUGAAAUUGGGGCAGCACUACAAGUACAAAAGGGCUCAGCUGUGUUUUGGUACAAUCUUCUGCGUAGUGGGGAGGAAGAUGAUAAUACACUCCACGCCGGAUGCCCUGUGCUUAAUGGCAGCAAAUGGAUUGCCAACAAAUGGAUUCAUGAGAGAGGACAAGAAUUCAGGAGACAGUGUUCUCUCUCUGCGUUUGAAUGA